AAGGCCCCUGGUACAGCAGUGACGAUUGCGUCGCGAUAGUCGGAUCUUUGAUGGGGGAAACCGGCGUCAUUUAGGCUCUAGCUAAGCGCGUUGGUCACGUAGAAUCCUACGGGAGGCUCGAGCCAUGAUGGAUACUGUGAGUACGUAGUGUAAUGCCUUAUGUCAUGUGGAGUUUGAAGUGUAACUAUCUGCAAACGUCGCUUAACGUGUCGUUGCGAAAGGGAGCCAGGGUGAUUGCAGGAUGCUGAAGGUGGUUUUCCUGCACCCUGACCUGGGCAUCGGGGGGGCCGAGCGGCUGGUGGUGGACGCAGCCGUGGCCCUGCGCUCCCGUGGCUGUGCCGUGCAGAUCUGGACGGCGCACCAUGACCCCCGGCACUGCUUCCCGGAGACCCGUGACCCGGAGCUCCCUGUGGUAUGCGUGGGGGACUGGCUGCCCACCAGUAUUUUCGGGUACUUCCACGCUCUCUGUGCCUACGUGCGCAUGGUUUACGUUGCCCUCUACCUCAUCUUCCUCAGUGGGGUGGAGUUCGACGUGGCCUUCUGUGACCAGGUGUCAGUUUGCAUCCCCAUCCUGAGGUUGACCCGCCAGAGGAAGAGGGUCCUGUUUUAUUGCCACUACCCUGACCAGCUGCUCACCCAGCGGCACUCGGCCCUGAAGAGGAUCUACAGGGCACCCAUUGACCGGGUGGAGGAGAUCACCACGGGCAUGGCGGACUGCGUGCUGGUCAACAGCCGCUUCACGGCCGGCGUCUUCAAGCGCACCUUUGCCAGCUUGGCGGGUGUCCGCACGGAUGUCCUGUACCCCUCCCUCAACCCGGCGACCUUCGACGGGGAGCUGGAGGAGCUCGACGGCCUGGUGCCCGACAGCAAACGCUGGCUGUUCCUCUCCAUCAACCGCUAUGAGCGUAAGAAAAACCUGCCGCUGGCGCUGCGUGCUCUGGAGGCUCUUCUGGCCCGGCUGAACCCGGAGCAGCGGGAGCAGGUCCACCUGGUGCUGGCGGGCGGCUAUGACGAGCGGGUGGCGGAGAACGUGGAGCAUUUCUCAGAGCUGAAGGCCCUGGCGUCAGCCCUGGGCCUGGAGGGAUAUGUGACGUUCCUGCGCUCGCCGUCGGACCAGCAGAAGGUUUCGCUUCUGCACCACAGCAGCUGCGUGCUCUACACGCCCAGCGACGAGCACUUCGGCAUCGUCCCCGUGGAGGCCAUGUACGCACGCUGCCCCGUCGUCGCCGUCAAGUCCGGCGGCCCGCUGGAAUCCGUAUCCGACAAAGAGACUGGAUUCCUGUGCCCGGCCCGAGCGGAGAACUUUGCCGAAGCCAUGGAGAAGUUUGUGAAUGAGCCACAGCUCCAGAGGGAGAUGGGGGAGGCGGGCAGGAGGCGCGUCCUGCAGAAGUUUUCCUCGGAUGCCUUCUCGGAGCGGCUCUACCGAUACGUCUCUCAAAACAGCGUCGUGGCAGAAUGAUCCCCCUGGAGACAGACGCGCAUUCCCGGCGCCAUGCCCGGCAACGCUGCAGACGAGCCACCUCUCGGACGGCUAACGAAGGCAUCCAGCCCCCUUAAAGGAGGCGGCAGGGUGAGCCUAAUGAUGAAGCACCGACCUGACGAUGCCAGGAACGGGACAAUGAGGAACAAGAGCAGAGUCCUCCCUUUAAGGUUGUUCGGGAAUGUUUCUGUCGCCACGAAAACCUUGGAUGUGUGAUGUUCAUAUUUUUCUCUGUUUUUUUUCCCCUCCUGCAAGUAGCUGUGGUCUGUUAAUAAAGUGAGGAAGGCAUGACACUGUAGCUUUUCAACCCACUUUUUAUUGUCAGGUCAGGUGGGCUCUGUCGUCAUGCCAUAUAUGCCGGUAUACAGUGGCAUGAAACUGUGUUUCUGGUGUUUAGACUGAUGUAUCAUACUUGAUUUCAUGGCCGCGAAUUUUGUUCCUGCUAUGAUGUUUACAUUCUGACUCCCAACGAGUGAUUGCUUGUGGUUGCCCUGCGUUUCAUGCGAGGUUGGCCUGUUUGAGACUCAGACACUCGCUCCUCACCUUCCUCCUGUGGUCACCCCUGCUGAUGUGACUCUAUCCAGUGGUGCCUGCAGGUCAGAGGUGUGAAAUGAGCCUCGCUGGCAGUUUGUCUGAACCCAGAGCCACAGUUUCUCUGAAGUGUGGUGAAACCUGGGAAGGUCGUGUACAAAUGCCAGCAUCCCUGGUGAAGGGAGGCAGUGUGUGUUUAGCUUUUUAUUUUUUUGCCUUUUCUGUAUGAGAGGGAUUUCCUAGUGCAAAUGGAAAAGCACAAAGAAAAAGGAAAAACAGUGCAAGGUACAUUGCUUUAUGUAUUUCACAUGCUUAACGUGCACUAAGCGUUCAAACUGCGUUUCUGAAUUUAAUCCCGUCAGCUGCAUUAAUCGCUGAGUUGCAUAUAGAAGAGCUGAACUGUGAAAUGCUAUGGUGGGUGGCGCUGCUUGUAAUGUCAAUCAGUAGUUUAGUCCAAUGGGAAGAGAGGCUACACCAUGGCCCCGCCCACUGGAUUUCAGGGAGCAAUAUCAGGCUUUGCUUUUCACCACACCGCCUGUAUAGAAUCUUUUACAAACUUUUUACAAAGUUCCAUGAUUCAAAACUGACCGACUAGUGCACAAACCAUUGAAAGACCGGAACGCAGCAGAAUUUUUUUUGUAUACCCAAGUCCGCAGUUUUGUGCCUGGCCAGCAGCCCUGCUUUAAAACACGCCGGGUGGGAAAUACCCGGAAUCCGCAGCUUGUAAGUGGCUGGCAGCAGCAAAGGACCGUGGGGCCUGAGCCAGAAAGACUGUUAUCAAGGUGUAUUUACAGGGGCGUAGCCAGAUCCUGUACGACGGUCUGGCCAGACUAGACCCAAUGAUCUUGUAGUGGUGGUAGUGGGGUAAUAUAUUACAUGUUCAUAUUUUGGUGUGAGGUUGCCAUGUUUUAGAUGGGGGUUUCAGGACCCCCAUAGCCACCCCAGAUCCGCCGCUGGAUUAUCACAGAAACUCAGAACAAGAGAGGAGUGAAUUAAGGGGGGAAAUGGGUGAAUUUUAUCGGGGUGUCAGUGUGCCGUGUGAGAUUUAGCCACCCCGCCGGUCCCCAGCAGUAACGGAUCUGAGCGGGUUGGCAGCCUGGGAGGCGAUUGCAGUAACUGUGACUCGGGAAGCGCUAAACAUCUCCGAGGCGGUACCUGCUAUUAAUCUACCAGGAGCCGCCGCUGUCUUCGGGAAGGCAGAGCCGGGCGCUCACUGAAAGUGCCGGAACGGGGCGAUAAGCAAACCGGCGGCACUCAGCUCCGCGCACGUGUCUAAUUAAUGAGACCGCCGCGUUUUAUUUGUCUCCUAAUGCAUAAAAUACACAAGACAUUUA